AGAAUUUCUAUACAAAACAGAAUAGACGAUAUGAAUUUUUUUAUUAACAUCGCGCAGUGAUAAUAAAAUUAAGUGGAAAUACAAGUGAAAAUAAAAAAAGAAAAACAACAAUCAAAAGAAAAUUCCUGUACAGGGAAAUUUUCAUAGAAUGCAAAGAAAAUCUUAAAAAAGAGAGUGAAAAUUGUUAAAAAAGCUACUGAAGGAUAUUUUGCUAUCAAAAGCUGGGAAACAUUCAAGCUGAAAGGACGCCUUGUAUUCUGGCUGCGAAUAAAAUAGCUAUAACCAUUUUUUUUGGCGUUUAGAUUAAAGCAGACAAAAGUUGUACAAAGUUUUUUUGCUAUUUGAUUUGUGAUUUGAUGAUGAUAUUUUUUUAUUGUUGUCUGUGGUGUAUAAAUUAAGUGUUAAAUAAAACUACUGCUACUAUUAAGUGUUUUUGUUGUUGGUUAACUUAAUUCCAAAUAAUUAAUGAGCCACCACUACCAUACAGCCAACUAUAUUUAUUUAAUAAAUAAAAAAGAAAAUUCUAAAAAUAUAUUUGUUCCAAAAAAGCAAACAAAAAACAAACUGCAAAACAAAUUGAUAAAAAGAAACAUUUGUUACUAUUUUUAUUAAUUUUUCCCCGUGACCCUGUUAGAAUAUUUCUCUUGUCCCUCCGCCUUUCUCAAAAACUAACUGUCUGGUUUUUUUAUAAAAAUGGCCAACAAUAGUUCCGGAUCUAGUGUGGGCUCGGCAGCAGCUGCUACAGGCGUGGCCACUAUGCCCGGAGUAAGUGGUGCUGUGGCUGCCGCCUUAAACAAUUCCUCGAAUAGUGAUUUAUGGCGUGAGUGUGUUGAUUGGCUUACUCGCUGCCAGAUCAUACAACCAGAUCAUAUGGCCAAUGCUCCCACCUCGGAAAUAAGGGUCUUAGCUUUGACUCUACGUGAUGGUGUGUUGUUGUGCAAUUUGGUUAUGCAUUUGGAUCCCACCUGCAUGGAUGCCAGUCAAAUGAAUAGGCGACCACAAAUGGCUCAG